UUCCACAGCUCAAACUCCUUCCGGGGGUGUGAGGGAGAUGUCGGAGAGGCGAAGGGAGAGGGAGAAGCUUCGGGACCGCGACCGAGAGAGGGACAGGGACAGGGAUCGCGACCGCGAGAGAGAUCGAAACCGAGAUCGAGAUAGGGAACGGAACAGAGAUCGAGACCACCGGAAGCGGUCGCGAUCCAGGUCCCUGUCGAGGUCCCGCUCCCGUUCGGCCGAGCGCCACCGCCGCCGCCACCACCGCCGCUCACCUUCCCCAGACACCCACCGCCACAAGCGCCGCCGGGAGGGCAGCGAUGACGAUCGCGACCGCCGCCGCUCCUCCGCCUCGGAACACGCCGAAGGCGGCCCUAAGGAGCAGAAGAAGCAGGCGGGCGACGAUCAAAGGGACGGAGAGGCAGCAGCGCCGACGGACGCGGACCCCGACGAGGUGGAGAUGAUGAAGAUGCUAGGGAUCCCGCUAGGGUUUGAUUCCACCAAAGGGAAGCCGGUGGCAGGCAACGACGUGAGUGGGGUGAGGGCGGUGACUAAGCGGCAACCGAGGCAGUACAUGAAUAGGAGGGGAGGGUUUAAUCGGCCCUUGCCCCCGGAGCCGAACCGCUAAAAUCUGAUAUCCGGCCGAAAAGAUUCUGAAAUCAAGCUGUUGAGUUGGGAAAAGUUGCAAGUCUUCAUUUUCUGAAUUUGAUCCAGGGAUGUGGUCAGUCAUGAUUGUGUGAUAUCAUCUUCUAUCCAUUAUAUAUAUUAUAACAUUUAAGCCUUGCCUUAGUGUUAUUACUUGUUGAAACAUUUAUAGGAUGCUAGAUUAAGAGUUUUGCUUUGUUUCA